AUGCACCGUUCAGGCCACCGUCAUCGGCAUGACCUACCAUACCAGUCUCGCACACAAACUCGAUCCCACCCACAACAGAAAAUCUUCCCUAUUCUCAGUCUUCCGAUGGAGCUCUUCCUCGAGAUUAUUGCCUACGCCGCGUCCCCAGUGUUCCCUGAUGCGAGAAACGUUGGUAUAGUGAAACCAUCAUACAGCACAGCUGUAGCCUUAGCACGCGUGUCCUAUUUGAUGUACCAGCACACGAUGCCCCAUCUCCUACACACUGUCGUACUCAAUUCUACUUCGGAUGUCACUUUGUUCGCGCGCUCCGUUCGUCACCAGGACCGACGUCGAGUGCCCCGACGUCUUGCACUUAGCUACCCACUCCUAGUCAGAAGAUUUUGGUGCUCCGAGUCGUAUGAAGCGAUCAUCGACCGGGAUGAUGGCAUCGACUAUUCCUCCCUGUACCGGGUCAUCUCCCGUGCCAAGUCCAUCGGCAUGCCUUUUUACGGGAUGCAUUUGUUGUAUAAUGGCCUUGCCAGUGACGGUGCCAGACCGGUCGAGGACUGGAAAUGUCGCCGGGUAACUUUCGAGGGAAACUUUGUCAGAUGGAAGCCGAUCACGUCCUCCUACGAGGGGGCUACGUUCUUGAGGAGCAUCACCCAUCUGUCCAUGUGGGUACCCUAUCACGAUCUUUCCUCUGUUUCUCCUCAGGAAUACCCAGUCGCGGAGUGGGUGAAGGACAUCCCAUUCCACAUGAUGCCCAAUCUCCGCCGAUUCUCUUUUCCACUGUUGGUAGAUAGAAGGCGGUAUGAGGGUGAUGUUCUUGGGUACCCAACGUUGCUUGUGUACUGCGCGCCCCAAGGACAGGCCUUCAAUCCCGUGACGUUUCGUGACUGGGCCACGAGUCCAAGGUUCUGGACGUAUGGAUGGCAAACGAAACUCCAAAAAAUGCCGCAAAUAUUGCACUCUGACCGCAGUGAUUGGACUGUCGGCUAUGUUUUGGAUGAAACUGAACGUGUUUGGAAGGAAGUCGACAAGAUGCUGGAAGCAGGACGUUAA